AUGUCAGCUAAACCGCCCUUGAAUCAAGGUGCCGGGUAUGGCGUCGUUGUCGGCUUCGGCGUGGCCUUUGCCCUAGGCAUGGUCUGGGUGACAAGAUCGAUCAAGAAAGCCUUCAAUGAAGACAACAAGUCGACCGAGACCUUUAUGGUCGCCAAUCGAAGUGUCGGAACCGGACUUACCGCUUCGGCUGUCAUAUCAUCGUGGCUCUAUAGCACAGCGCUUAUUGGCACAACCCUACUGACCUAUUCGUAUGGACUUGCAUUGGGUGUUUGGUGGGGAGCCUCAGCAAGCACCAUGGUCUGUCUGAUGGCAUACCUAUCUAUUGAAGUAAAGCGCAAGGCACCAAAUGCGCACACCAUGCUGGAAAUCAUCAAAACGCGAUAUGGGACUGGGGCGCAUGCUCUCUGGAUCUUUCUCUGCCUGUUGAAUAACUCCUUCCAGUUUGCCGGGAUGACUCUUGGAGCAGCCAACGCGGUGACCAGCUUGACUGGAAUGCACAUCCUCGCCAGCACGUAUCUACUACCUCUGGGGGUGGCAGUCUACACCUAUUUCGGGGGGCUCCGUGCUACGUUCCUGACCGACUAUGUCCAUACGUUCGUCAUCAUGAUCAUCCUUGUGUGGCUGACCAUCAAAAUGAUCACGGUUAAGGAGAUUGGAUCUAUCGGGGCACUUUGGGAUGCUGUGGUGCAAGCAGGGAAAGAUCGUCCUGUGGAAGGUAACUACCAUGGAUCCUACUUGACCAUGAGAAGCCAACAAUGUCUCUUUUUUGGUAUCUUGCACGUUACUGGUAAUUUCGGAGCCGUUAUUAUGGACACUGGUUUUUGGCAAAAGGGCUUCUCCGCAGAUGUCGCUUCUGCAGUGCCAGGAUAUAUACUGGGUGGAGUUGCCUCCUUCUCGGUACCAUGGACUUUUGGCACGAUCGCCGGCUUGUCUGCCAUAGCAUUGGAAACAACGCAUAUCUGGCCUACGUAUCCUAAUAGAAUGACCGCUGAGGAAGUGUCCAGUGGCGCAGUGUUACCCUACCUUGCUCAGGCUGUGGCAGGCAAAGGAGGAGCAGGGGCAUUAUUACUCACGGUCUUUAUGUCGAGCACUUCGAUUGCUUCAGCCCAACUGAUCGCCAUGAGUUCCAUCAUCUCGUUCGACAUUUACGGAACGUAUGUCAAUAAGAAACCCACCAACAAACAACUAAUUAGAUGGUCCCAUAUUGGAGUCAUCUCCUCGGCCCUUUUUAUCUCUACACUCGCCACGGCUUUCCAUGAGGGCAACAUCAGUUUCUCGUGGUUGCUAUACAUGUUGGGAUUGAUCUCGACUCCUGGUAUCUUCCCCACUUGCUUCUCCCUUCUUUGGAAGAGGCAGACCAAGGCUGCCGCUAUCGCCUCCCCGAUCGUUGGAGCAGUCUGUGGAUUGUCAGUGUGGUUCGGCACCGCGUAUCAUUAUUACGGAGUGAUCAGCAUCGAUUCGACGGGUGGAACAAUGCCAUGUCUUUUCGGAAUCAUCACCUCUGCCUUUGUUCCCCUGCCAGUGAGCAUCAUAAUUUCGUUGGCGAGGCCGCAGGUCUUUGACUUCUCCGUCUUUGGUCGCAUUGAACGGGUGAAACCCGAGCAUGGCGAGGCAUUGCAUGAUCUCCAAGACGAAGCAAACUACUUCUCACCGGAAAGAGUCAAGUAUAUGAAGAGAAUGAGCCGAUGGGCGGCGUUUUGGGCUGCAUUCACCCUCACCGGACACGUCUUGCUGUGGCCGCUGCCCAUGUACGGUGCGAAGAUGUCCUUUUCCAAAUCAUUCUUUAUCGCCUGGAUAGUCAUUGCCUUGAUCUGGCUUUGGUUUACACUUGUCGUCGCCAUCUUCUAUCCUCUUUAUGAUGGAGGUUUGAAGCAAAUCUGGAUCGUGCUCCAGGGGAAAACGGCCGUCAAGGCUUCGACCGAGAUCGACGAAGACUCAUUGGGCACCGCACCGCCAGAGGCCGUUGCUGUCGAGCCCAAACACUAA